AUGGCACGAACGAAAGCAACUGCCCGAAAAACAUCAUCGUCAGGAUGGCGAACGACAAGACCCAGCAGUUUUGGAUCCCCGUUUGCAAAGAAGCUCAGAAAUGAUUCAUCUGAUUCGCAACAGGACGAAUCCAAACGUUUUAUUCUGUCCAAAUUCUUCGGACUUCAACAACAACAGAAUCACAAUGGCAUCAUGACCCCAAAUUCCAAUGAAGAAUUUGAUAUUUCAAUUUAUUCCAAAGUCUCGGAUCUUGCUCGCCUAUUCAUCAUCCAAGAUCAAAGAAGAAGAAAAUUACUCGGUCACAAACCACCAUUCUUGGAGGAUCAACAAUGGAAUGAGAAUGAACAUCAACUCGCCCUCGAUGAAUUAUUGUGA